GUUCACUGUCCCCUCUUCCGUUUUCAGCUCCGAGCAACUGAGGAAGAGUAGAAAUGGCGUCGUCGGCGAGAGAAUGGAUUGAAGCAGACGAAACGGCGAAGCAAUUUCUCACUAGGGUUUUCUCAAAGCGGCCUUUUCUACCAUUACCUCUACCACUUCAUCGCAUUCCUCUCCGUCCCGGCAAUGUUGUAGAAAUCGUCGGUCCUUCUCCUUCUUCAAAAACUCGCAUUCUUAUGCAGGCUGCUAUUAAUUGUAUUUUGCCUAAGGAGUGGAAGGGUGUAAACUAUGGAGGCUUGGAGCAAUUAGUUAUGUUUGUUGACCUGGAUUGUCGUUUUGAUUUGUUAAGCCUUUCACAAUUUCUGAAGCAGCGGAUCAUUCGAGCUAAUGGUAGAUAUUUAUUCUUGAGCUUGUUUAUUUUGUAUUUUGGAAUUUCAUGUUGUUUAGAAUAUGGAGGCUCUAAUUUUAUAGUUUAGUCAAUUGCUGGAAAUUUAUGACUAAUUUGUG